CACACACACACACACACGCACGUGCGCGCGCGCGCGCGCGCACACAACACGCGGUCUUACACACAGCACAUCUUUCAGACCAUCCUUUGCUCCCAGCUCUGAGCGCCUGAGAGGCAGAGUGCUGAAGCCGGCUGCAGAAGGCAGUCCCCGACCUCGGCUGCCAAGGAGAGACGGAGCCUGUGGCUGCUGAGGCUGCCGAGCAGGGCCAGGCCGGGCCCUGCCCGCAAGGACGCCAAAGCCCACCCCCGGCCCCUGUGCCCGGGAGCCCACCAGGCUCUCCUGCUGGCCCCACCAUGACUUCAGAGUCCACGUCGCCCCCGGUCGUGCCCCCGCUCCACUCCCCCAAGUCCCCUGUCUGGCCCACCUUCCCCUUCCACCGGGAGGGCAGCAGGGUCUGGGAGCGGGGCGGUGUCUCAUCUCGGGACCUGCCCAGUCCCCUGCCCACCAAACGGACCAGGACAUACUCAGCGACAGCCCGUGCCUCGGCUGGCCCCGUGUUCAAGGGCGUCUGUAAGCAGUUCUCACGCUCACAGGGCCACGGCUUCAUCACCCCCGAGAACGGGUCCGAGGACAUCUUCGUGCACGUGUCAGACAUCGAGGGGGAGUACGUGCCGGUGGAGGGCGACGAGGUGACCUAUAAGAUGUGUCCCAUCCCGCCCAAGAACCAGAAGUUCCAGGCUGUGGAGGUGGUGCUCACCCAGUUGGCCCCACACACUCCCCACGAGACGUGGUCUGGCCAGGUCGUGGGCUCCUAGGCUGGGCGGCGAGCCCCCCAGGGUGGACGGGUGGCACCUGGCUCCGUGCCCCACUGUACUUGCUGACUCAGUCCCCUGGGCAGCCUCAGUGUGCACGUGUCUCUCUGUGCUUGUGGCUGUGAGCGUUUGCCUCCAUCCAGCCCCGUGACCCGUGACUAUUGUGUAAGCUGGACCAAGGGGGAGGCCACCAGACCUGCCUUCUCUGCUUGUCCACUCUCUCCUUCCUUCCCUCCCUGCCACAUGGGCACAGGGUCCUGUCGCCCUCCUGCUCACCCAUCUGUGUGUCCAUUGAGCCUCUGAGGGCCUGCGUCAGGCCUGGGGCUGAGAGUCAGGGGGCACUGGCGUAAGCUGCCUGAACAAGCUAGCUCCCCUGCCUUUGCCUGAGGCCCUGGCCCCCAGGCCAGGCUCUGCUCAUGCUCCGCACACCUCCCACUUCCCACCCUGGACUGGGGUCUCCCACUGCGGCCUGGAUCCCACCCUCAGAAGCCAGGCCAGUGAGCACUUUGAGGAGUGCCUCCCAGCCUCUGGCAAGGGAAGAGGGCUAAAGGUGGGGGUAGGCAGGCCUGUCCUCCAUGCCACGGCCCUUCCUCCCUCCCUCCUCCUUCCCUUCCUCGUUUCCUUUCUUCCUUUCUCCCUCCCUCCCUCCCUAUUCUCUCCUCAGCACACACUAAAGAGGCGGGAAAGAGGGGCCUGAGGCCAGAAGGCAGUUUGGGGGCUCUUGUGUUGCUGGCCACAGUCCCUACGCACCAGCCUGGCAAUGGCUCUGUGAACCCCAAACUGAGGCUGCAUCUCCUCCUUGGGCCAAGCUGAGCCACGCUGCCUCCACUUCCCGAGGAAGUGUGGGUCUGUGGAGGGGUGGGGACGCGUCUCCUCCAGCUUAGAUGGAGUCCCACUGCUGUUCUGCCAGUGCCCAGCCAUGAUGGCUGCUGAGGACCUAGUGAUGGACACGGCCCCUCAGGUAGGGCCAGGCUGGGCACCCACAGGAGUGGCCCUUAGCCUGGGAGGCCACUAGCCCCGCAGCCCCCCCUUGCUGGCCCCUCUUCCCAAAGCCGUGGGACGGCGGCUCCCGCUGGUCCCCCAGGCAGUGGCUGAGCGGUGGUCCCUGUGUUGUCUGUCCCUGAAGGUAUGUGUGUUGUGCACAUUCACUCUGGGGUGGGGGUUGGCCUGGCCUGGGGGCCCUCCCCUCCACCCCCACCCUCACUCCCUUCCAGAGCAUAUCAUCUGAUGCGGGGGAGAGAGGUGUUUCAAGGGAGGGCCUGCCAGGACAGUAACUCUUAGGAGACCCAGCCUGUGAGUAAAUGAGUAAACGGGGGUCAAAUGCCCAGGAUGAGGUGGUCAAUGAAAGUCUAGGAUCCCCAGUCCUGAAGGUACCCCAAGACCCCAGGGCAGAGGUCAUCUGGGGUAUGUGUUCCACCCUUGCCCUCAGUUCCCACCACAGGGGCUGGGAGCACAGAACUGCUGAUAUGUUGGCCAGCCCCCCAAACUGAGAAUGGGCCCAGCCUGACACCCCACUCUGAGCUGGGGCUACUCUGGCAAGGCCUGAAGCCUUUCCCCUAAGGAAUAAGGAACCCCUAGCCUCCAUGGUAGAAGGCUUAUUGGUGCAGGUUAACUCCUGGCAGUCCCCCAAAAUCCCCAUCCUGUGAGUAGAUCCCCAUUUUCAGGCACUAGCCAGGGGCAGGAUGUGGGAACAUCACGCCUGAUGGCACCUGUGGUGGCAGAAAAGCAGCACCACUCCUCUGACUCACGGCCCCGCAGUGUCCAGUCAGAAACCCUCCCAGCCACCUGGACUCCCCCAUCCUUCCUAACACUGGCAAUAAACCCUGA